AUGCGCGCCACACACCGCUGUACGCUAUGUGGGCCACCAGUGGGCGCCACAAACACACCGCAAACGCAGUCGAAGCGUUCAAAAUGGCUGCCAUUGGCUAACGCACUGUGUGUAUGGCAUAUACACGGCUAUCGCAUCGACAUCACCACUCAAUUAUCAAUUGACCUGUCUCACUGUCUCACUGGUCACCCGGCUCACACACACACUCGCACAGUGAUCCAGGUAUUUAUCGCGUGGCGGCCACCACUCCCAUUGGCAUUCAUUGAUGAACCACUGAAUCCGGCACUCAAUCUGAAGGGCGGGGGUGUUGUCAGGGGUUUACCCGGGUGUUUAGGGGGGUCAACACACGGUGUUUGUGUGGUUAAUGACCAGACCGAAAACACAUGAAUACUCUCUUACUGUGAAUGCAAUGGAAAAUACAUUUUAAAC